AGUAGGUCCAGUGGGUGCUGGGCGGGUGUGUGUGAUGUUGGGACCCGGUGGGCAUUGCCUAGGAGGGAGGUGGGAACUUGGGCUGGGAACCCCAAGGAAAGAAGAGGGAACCUGGACUGAGAGAAGGCCGGGAAGGAAAGCGAGAAUCCGGGCCCUAGAUAAAACGAGGAGGGAAGCGAGAACCUAGGCAGGGGAAGAAACUGGGAGCAAGUGCUGGGAACGCCGAGGUAGAACAGGGAGCCCUAGGCGGCUGAGAGCUCGGCCUGUACAUACAGGCGUUCUGAUUGUGUAGCUUUUUGUGCCUGUUCUUGUGUGUGUGUGUGUGUGGUGUGUGUGUGUGUGUGUGUGUGUGUGUGUGUGUAGAUGUGUUACUCUGUGCCGUGUUAUGGAACCUAUUGUUUAUGAAAGUCAGAGGGUCUCUGUGUGGUCUAAUUUUUAAAUUAGGUGAGAGUCUGUGUUUGAGGCUGUGCAACUUUGAAGUGGCAACAGUAAGGGGUUUGUGAGUAAAAUUUUGCUACUUUGCAUAGAAGUAUGUAAUGGGCUCUAUGAGUUUAUGCAUGACGUGUGGCUGUGGGAUUGGGAUUGUGUAGUGGGUGAUACAACAGUGAAUAUGUCACAUUUUAAAGUAUUUGUGCACACAAGUAAGUACACAAUUCACGGUGACUGAAUGUGGCUGGUUCAUUGUGUGACUGAGAUGAAACACUUGAGAAAGUAGAUUCAAGACUAGUAAGUACUAUGUAUUAUUUAGAUUGUCAGAAUAUCAGCCAUUUUAUAUGCCUGUAAAAUUUGACUCUGGCAAAUAGACAAGUAAAAAAAUACAUAUUUUUUAAUUGGAGAGGAGGAGGUAAAAUAAUUUUCAGGUGGUACGAUCUUGUAUUGGGAAACCCCAUAUUGACUAAUGACCAGUAUGUUGACAUAAGUAGAACACUGUUGGGAGCACAGAAAAAACUUUCUCCCAUAACUGCUGCUCUCAAAGUUUGUAUUUGGGUGCAUUUCUGGACAAUAAAGGUUCAAUAAUUUCUUCAGUCGUUACAAAGAUGCUGAACAUUUAAACACGAGAUCAGCCUCAUUUAGCUGAAUAGAAUGUUCACUGUAGAAAUCAGUACUUCAAACUUGUUUUAAAAGCAAAAACGCUCCCUCCUGCUGGAAGUCUGCUGUGUGAAAGAAAAUGUGAUUGGUUUCUUCUCUAAUCCCUCUAUUUGUCCCCUCUUUAUUCCUUCUAGGUUGAUAGUCUUCAGCUGGAAUGGAUUGGGAGCUGAAAAAGAGAAAUCAUAAGUCAAGGACAAAAACAGGCUAACAUGACUGGUACCAUUAUAAUAUAGUGAGCCACCCCUUUUCUAAAGAAGAGCCCAAAGGAAGACUGGUCAUCUCUUGUAAAUCUCAAAACCAUGGCUCAGGGAUCAGUGUCAUUCAAAGAUGUGACUGUGGACUUCAGUCAGGAGGAGUGGCAGCACCUGGAUCCUGCUCAGAAGACACUCUACAUGGAUGUAAUGUUGGAAAACUAUUGCCAUCUCAUUUCUAUAGGGUGUCACAUGACCAAGCCUGAUGUGAUCCUCAAAUUGGAACGAGGAGAAGAACCGUGGACAUCAUUUAAAGGUCAUACCUGCUUAGAAGAAAACUGGAAAGCCGAAGACUUUUUAUUGAAAUUCAAGGAACAGCAAGAUAAGUAUUCUAGAUCAGUUAUAUUAAUCAACCACAAAAAGCUGAUUAAUGAGAACGGUAGUACAUGUGAAAAGACAUUUACUUUAAGUAAAAACUCUAUUAAUUCAAAAAAGCUACCUCCUGAAUAUGACACUCAUGAAAAGAUUUUAAAAAAUGUUUCAGAAUUAAUCAUCAGUAAUCUAAGUCCUACAAGAAGGAGACUUAGUGAGUGUAAUGGGUAUGGGAAAUCACUCCUCAAUACUAAACCAGAGACAGCUCACUCUGGAGUCAAAUCUCAUAAUCAACGUGGGAGGACCAUCAGUCAUAAUGAAACGAUCACGCAAUAUCAUAAGAUGGAAACACCAGCACAGUCAUUUGAAUAUAAUGACUGUGAGAAAGCCUUUUUUAAAAGAGGAGGCCCAAUUACACAUAGUAGAACUUAUAGAAGGGGAAACACUUCUGAUUAUAAUAAAAGAAGAAGAACAACCAAUAUUGAAAAAAAGCAUACAUGCACUGAAUGUGGAAAGUCCUUUUGCAGGAAAUCAGUAUUGAUUCUGCAUCAGGGAAUUCACACAGAAGAAAAACCCUAUCAAUGUCAUCAGUGUGGAAAUUCAUUUAGGAGGAAAUCCUAUCUCAUUGAUCAUCAGAGAACUCACACAGGAGAGAAACCCUUUGUUUGUAAUGAAUGUGGUAAGUCUUUCCGCCUAAAGACAGCCCUCACUGAUCAUCAGCGAACACAUACAGGGGAGAAAUCAUAUGAAUGUCCACAAUGUAGGAAUGCCUUUAGAUUGAAAUCACACCUCAUUCGUCAUCAGAGAACUCACACAGGAGAGAAACCAUAUGAGUGUAGCGACUGUGGGAAGUCUUUCCGCCAGAAGACAACACUCUCCCUACAUCAGAGAAUUCAUACAGGAGAAAAACCCUAUAUUUGUAAAGAAUGUGGAAAGUCCUUUCAUCAGAAGGCAAACCUUACUGUACAUCAAAGAACUCAUACAGGGGAAAAACCCUAUAUUUGUAAUGAAUGUGGGAAAUCCUUCUCCCAGAAAACAACCCUUGCUCUUCAUGAGAAGACUCAUAAUGAAGAGAAACCUUAUAUUUGUAAUGAAUGUGGAAAAUCCUUCCGCCAGAAGACAACCCUUGUGGCACAUCAGAGAACACAUACAGGGGAAAAAUCCUAUGAAUGUCCUCACUGUGGGAAGGCUUUUAGAAUGAAGUCAUACCUCAUUGAUCAUCACAGAACUCACACAGGAGAGAAACCAUAUGAAUGUAAUGAAUGUGGAAAGUCCUUCAGUCAGAAGACAAAUCUCAAUUUACAUCAGAGAAUCCACACAGGAGAGAAACCUUAUAUUUGUAAUGAAUGUGGGAAGUCUUUUCGCCAGAAAGCAACCCUCACUGUACAUCAGAAAAUACAUACAGGGCAGAAAUCCUAUGAAUGCCCUCAGUGCGGGAAAGCCUUUAGCAGGAAAUCAUAUCUCAUUCAUCAUCAAAGAACUCAUACAGGAGAGAAACCAUACAAGUGUAGUGAAUGUGGGAAGUGCUUCCGCCAGAAGACAAAUCUCAUUGUACAUCAGAGAACUCACACAGGGGAGAAACCAUAUAUUUGUAAUGAAUGUGGUAAGUCCUUCAGUUAUAAAAGAAAUCUUAUUGUCCAUCAGAGAACUCACAAGGGAGAAAACAUGGAAAUGCAGUAAUAAAUGAUGUGAUUUCUUUGUGAAACCUUUCUAAGUUAUUGUAAAACUUUGUUUUUUUUAAAGCAUGCUUAAACAUAUAUAUGAGGUAAUUUUAAUCACAAAUGUAAUAAUUAUUAACUUAAUGUACUGUACCACAUAAAUAUUUAUCUAUGUUUACUAGUAUAUGAAAUGGGUGUGAUCAUUGAUAUUGAACUUAUCAGCAAUGAAGCUAAUUUUCUAAGUUUUUGAGUUCUCCUGACUCAGUUUAUUUUUUUAAGUGCUUAUAUAGUACAUGCAGAGGCAAGAUACAAAAUGCUUAUAAGCAUCAGCCUCCAUAAGAGGAAGAAAAUAUGAAAUAAACUUCUUGCACUCUUCAGAACAAAAUGUAGUUGUUACUACCCCCAAAGUUGACCACUUCCCGGUUUUUAACAUGAAAUAGUUUUCUUCUUCAAACUAUAUAUGUAUUUUGUUAUUCAUUAUAAAUUCUUUUGUGUUGUUUCACUCAACAUUUUAAAGAUUCAUACAUUAUUGCAUGUGGCAGUAGUGUAUUCAUUUACAUUCUGUAUACUAUUCCAUUUAAAGAAUAUACUGCUAUUUAUCAAUCCUCUUGAUGGGUAUUUGUAUUUUUUUAUAAUUUUGUGUUGUAAUAAAAAUGUGGCUGUAAAUAUUCUUGU